AUGGAGAAUAAUAUCGUUAGAGAGUUUCAAAAUUUACGAGUUUUUUCCAAUGGUAACAUCAUUAUUAUGGAUCAGCUUGUAAAAGACUUAUCAAGUGCUUUAGAUGAAUCAUCACGUGGUCACAGACAGCUGUCGGAAAAUGUCUCCCCUAAUAUUUAUACUUGUCGACCACAUAAAAAACGUCGGGGAAAGAAAAGACGGUCGGAUUUACAUUUGUUAAAAGAUUGCGGUACUAUCAGUGAAGCUUCUGAAAGCAGUAUUGAUGAUUCUAUAAGGAACUAUAUGGAUAUCUUGGCCCAAACCAGUGAUUCCGAUGAUAUUUCAAAACACAUGCAUAGACUUGGCGUCCCAAUAACAGAUGCUGUACCCCCUGUAGAAUCAGAUUCUGUGACAGAAAAUUUCUCCCCAACACGACCUCAAAGGCGACGUAGGAAAUACAAGCGAAUGGCUAUAGAUUCUACGUUUGAUGAUAAUGAAAUUGAAGAGAUGAAGCCAGACCAUGAUACAACGUUACAAGAUAUAAAUCAAGGAAGUGGAGACUGUCAAAGACAAGAAGGGGAACAAUUCGUUCUGGGAAAACGUAAACGGAAUACCAAAUGUCGUCAUGAUUCAUUCUCUCAACCCUCUACUAGCCAGGAUUGUCAAGAGUUGAUGGAACAGGAACAGUAUUCUCAAGAAAGUAGUUCACUAAGUUCAAGUGAAACAGAGAGUGACGGUGGUAUUGUCACUAAUGAUGAGGCCAGAGAAGCUGAUGAUGAACAGAGUGAUUUUUUCCACGAACCAGGACCGGUUUGUGGAAUACCAACGAUCAUACCCUGGUGGGAAAAUAAACAUGACGAUCAUAGAUUCUCCUCAGGGGUCUCAUUUCAACGUCUCAUCUCAAAAACAUUAGAAAAUCUACCAAGAUCUCAACUUAAUAUACGCAGUCGCGUCAGUCGACUUUUACUAACUAAUGGAAGAGAAAUCCGUGUAGGAAGAAGAAAAUUGAAAGAAAAGAUACCUGGUUAUUCCAUGACAUCUUACAUCCAGGAUCGUGAGAAAUGGAUGUUAUCUGGUCCCUACCCACAACUAACUAAUGGUGCUAAUCAAUCAUACGAUAUCAAACGACAGAGGUUAACUCCGCCCCCUAGUCCUGAAUAUAAAGAUAUUGCCUCCACCAGUAAGAGUUCUAGUGCAAGGAAUAAAAGUCGAGAUGUCACCCCAGUAUUAUUAUCAUCACCUAGGAAAUCAGAUGAAAUGGAGAGCACCAGUAUUUCAGAUCAUUGA